CCCACAAACCCCGGUGUGUGUAUGUGUGCGCGCGAGAAUCUUUGUGUGUGUUUUUUGCGCCCCCUUUUCCCGCUAUCCGUAGACGUCCGUCGCUGCCGCUGCCUUCAACCACGGCGCGCGCGCAGCCUCGCUUCUGUUCCCAACAUGGCGGCGCCGCCGUAUUGAAGCGUCUCGCCGAGCGGCAGGCUCACUUGCCUUUCCCCUCCCCCUUCCUCCCUCUCUCUCUCUGUGUCUCUCAUUGGAUUGGGAAACAAGCGUUGCAUCGGCUGGCAGAGAUUCUGAUGGGCUACCAUUUUACCGAGCUUACGUGACCUGAAUUGAGGGAAUAUGAGCACUUCUGUCGUUCAUCUGACGUCAGACUGCUUUCCCUCCAAUGUACUCAAUGAAAUGCACCGACUGAGAUGCCUGGAGCAGCUGUGUGAUGUGACUAUUCGGGUUGAGCACCAAGGUGUUCUUGAAGAGUUCAAAGCCCAUAAGAUACUCUUGGCAGCAUCUAGCAAGUACUUUCAAGAACUUUUUCUGUGUGAAAAGGCUGAAAAUGGCUCUGUGGCCCCCGUUGUAUUACAGGAGAUGCCCACUGCAGAUAUCGAGUGCUUUCUAAACUUUAUUUAUACAGCUACUGUGAAUGUUGCAGAAGACAGGAUUGAGCGUAUGUUACAAGUGGCCACAACGCUGGGUAGCCCUGAUUUGCUGGAGGCCUGUAAACAAGUAGAUAAGAGGGCAGAGAGGACGGCGUUUCCAGAAUCGGUUGACUCAUGCACGUCCGAACUGGAGAGAAGCCAACAGGAUCUUCACUUUCAAGCUACAGAGGACAUGCAAGCUGGCCAAGUUGAGUCCAUUGAUCCAUCAGAUGGACAUGGCAAGAGUGAUGACUUGGAUAAGAAAGCAAAGCAAAUGGAGAAAGGAGAACAAAGGAAAGAGAGUAGCAGAUUAAUUCAAGGAAAGAUGAGACGAUCUAGCACUAGGCUGGCUGGACGGAAAGUCUUUGUAGAUAUUCCAAAAAAGAAGUACAUCCGAAAACUUAGGGAGCAAUUUAAUGCAGCCGCACAAUUAUCAGAGCAGAAUUCAUCAAUGGAGACAAUUCUGCUCCCCAAGGAAGAAGGAGAAAAACCACACUCUGAGGAGAGAAUUCAGGAAAUGCGAUCUGAACAAGAACUGCUUGGGAGUGAUCAUGCAGCUGCUGAGGUUGGACGGGAUGUUGUCGAAGAGUUCUUUGAUGUUGAAUUUGAUAUGGACGACGACCCAGCAAAGGACUUGGAAAACGCUGACAGAAAGAAGAAAGGUGGAGCAUUCCGUUGUGAUGCAUGUCAGCGGGAUUUUCAAUAUGAGAAAAGCUACCUGAAGCACAUUCAGCACAGUCAUGGCAUCAUGCCGGAAAUCAUUUAUCGCUGUGACACCUGUAACCAGACCUUUGCGAAUCGCUGCAAUCUCAAAAGCCACGAGAGACACGUCCAUAGCAAUGAGCGACUCUUCCCCUGUGAGAUCUGCGGCAAGAAAUUCAAGCGCAGAAAAGAUGUGAAGAGGCACGUGCUGCAGGUUCAUGAGGGAGGCAGCGAGCGACACAUAUGUCCCGUGUGUGGAAAGGGGCUCAGCUCGAAAACUGCUCUCAAGCUUCAUGAAAGAACUCACACCGGAGACAAGCCCUAUGAAUGUACCGAUUGUGAAGCCAAGUUCACCCAGCCUUCUGCUCUUAAGACGCAUCAGAGAAUCCACACUGGGGAAAAACCUUUUGUCUGCAGUGAAUGCGGUGCAAAGUUCACACAGAACCAUAUGCUGAUUUAUCACAAACGAUGUCACACAGGGGAGAAGCCCUUCAUGUGCGAGAACUGUGGAAAGAGCUUUGCGUCCAAGGAGUACUUAAAACACCACAGCCGAAUUCACACGGGAUCUAAACCCUUUAAAUGUGACAUCUGCUCCAGAAUGUUUGCCCAGCGGAAUUCACUUCACCAACAUAUUAAAGUGCACACAGGUGAGCGGCCAUAUUGCUGUGAUCAGUGCGGGAAGCAGUUCACUCAGCUGAAUGCGCUGCAGCGACAUCAUCGGAUCCACACCGGAGAAAAACCUUAUAUGUGCAGACUGUGCCUCCGCACCUUCACUGACAAAUCCACACUGAGAAGGCACACGCUGAUUCAUGAUAAGGAAACCCCAUGGAAGUCGUUCUUGGUCAUUUUGGAUGGAGCUUGUAAAAAAGAACCCAAGACACGAAUGAAGCAAGGAGACGAGCCAAAUUUAUUGAAAAUUCCAGAAGAAGAAAGAACUGCAACACAAAAUGAGGCAGAGCAGAGCUCUGAACCCCAAGGAGAAUGUAAGACGGGAGCACAGAGUGAACAGGACUGGGGCCUCGGCGGACAGACUGCAAUUACUUUAGUAAACCCUAGUUCCUCUCUCGCUCCUGCACUAAGCACUUUUGCUGUGAUUCACCCCGAACCUUCUCAUCAACACCUUCAGGCUGUGGUAAACAUGCAGCAUCUCGGAGAGCAUGGAGCUCAUCUAGUGACCGUUAACAAUCAAGUGAGCAUCACCGUCCCAGUGUGUAUUUCCCUGACCUCUCAGAUUAAUAACAUUCUGACACAGACAUCUGCAGGUGGGCAGAGUGCAUGUGGCGUGGCAGUAGCCAUUCCACAGGAUGACCCACAAGUGUCCGUAGUGGACAGUGGGUCUCAGAAUGUUGAAAAUACCACAGAAGGUAUCAGUUGUCUUCCACCUGAAGGCGUGUAGAAUGGGUUUUCGAAAUAGAAAACAAUCCAGUGGUCCAAGCCCACCUGCUCCUGAAUUAAUUUCCACAUAUUUUAUGAGAUGUGGGUCUUGAUGCCUGAUCUUCCCCCAGCAAUUUUCUUCUUGUUUAAAGAUACAAGAACUCUUGGAAUUCCUACUCUUUCUUUUUAGAAUGCUAAUGCGAGUCUUAAGAAGGCCAACCCAUGCUGUGUGCUCCGUCUUCUUGACUGGGAAGCCCAUAGGUUAAUUUUUUUUUUUGGACAAACUAACUGGAAAAUGUGGAUCACAGGGAAGUAUGUUUAUCUCAAAGAAACAAACAAACUUCACCCGGAGAUUUCCCCACCGUUGUGGAAUGAAGGUUAUCUUGAAUUUCUAAAUCGAGCUUUGCUGCCUUUAUCAGAAUUUUCUCGAGAAUGAACAUGUGUGCAAUUUUCCUACGAUACUCGUAAUGGAAUGCAACCUGCUUUUUCAUACACAGGAUGAUCAUGUGAUGUGUAUGCGCCCCCUACUGGAGACGGGCAUGUUUAAUCCUGACUUCCAGAUAGCAUUAAACACGUCAACCCAGUUCAACUUUAAAUGCACUACUACAGAUUAGCUUGAUAUAAAUUAUUUUUCCAAGGUAAAUUUAUUAAAAAGAUGGACACGAAGCAGAGUGAUGUGUACCGUACUGCAGCUGUGCAACAGGAUUGUAAUUAUUCAUUAUUUUAUAUAAGAUUUGUUUUUUGUUUGCUUUAAUAAUUGCGGUCAUGGGGAUGCACACACAGGUAUGCUGCGUUUUUGUUUUUGUCCCUCGUCUACGAUCAUCUGUAAAUGUAUUUUUAUUGCAUUGCAGUGGUCUAUCAUAAACAAUCAUUUUUGUUAAAUUGAAGGUACACUUUAAAUAAAAGAAAAUGUUUCGGUCAAAUUCAACCUGAAA